AUGCUCAGGAUCGGCAUCGUUACUCUAGCGCUCGCCUACUUCGCGGGCGCACAUCCCCAUGGCGAGCACGAGGAGCCGGAGCAGGCGUCGUUCGUUGGUCCCACCAUCAGCACAGACGGUUGGCUGCAGAAGUACGGUGCCCAGAGCGACCUCGGAUACACUGGCCCGCUUUCUUUUGCGCAUCUCGACUACGCGCGCUGCCUGGAGCAGCCGGACCCAACCUUCGAUAUCGCAGUCCUUGGGAUGCCAUUCGACACCACUGUCUCGUACCGCCCUGGUGCUCGUUUUGGUCCUACUGGCAUUCGAGUUGGAAGCAGACGACACAUGAAGCGCGGCUACACACUCAGCUGGGGUUUUGAACUCUAUGAUCUCGCGAAGGUUGUCGAUUGCGGCGACAUCCCUCUCAACGCGUAUGACAAUGCAGUCGCGAUCGACCAAAUGGAGGUCGCAUACUCGACGCUGCUCGCGCGCCCAGUUGCAAAGACAGCUGGCACCGGCGGCUUUGAUGCUACUGCAUCCUUCGCACUUGACGGCCAAUCACACCCCCGGAUCGUAACGCUUGGCGGCGACCACACCAUCGUGCUCCCCAUCUUACGCUCACUCAACAAGGUGUACGGUCCUGUGUCCGUCAUCCAUUUCGACUCGCACUUCGACACCGGCAAUAGCAACAGCUCUCUUUCCAAGCAGGCGCGCAUUACGCACGGCAGCUACUUCCACGUCGCACACGAGGAGGGCUUGAUCCGCAACACUAGCAUUCACGGCGGGAUCAGGCAGAAGUUCAAUGGUGACCUGUCGAAUGACGAGGAAGUCGGAUUUAAGGUCAUCACAGCAGAUGACAUCGAUGAUAUUGGCCUCAAUGAGGUCGUCCGCCGUAUCCGCAACCGUGUUGGCGACUCGCCGGUGUACUUCAGUCUAGAUAUCGAUGUCAUCGACCCUGGUAUGGCCCCUGCAACUGGCACCCCGGAGGUUGGUGGGUGGACCGUGCGAGAAGUGAAGCGCAUCAUCCGAGGGCUCUCUGGUUUGAACUUUGUUGGUGCCGAUGUCGUCGAGGUGGCGCCAGCAUACGAUCACGCCGAUAUCACAAAUAUCGCAGCAGCAGAUAUCGCUCAGGACUUUAUGGCCAUGAUGCUCACAUCCCAACCGCCCAUGUCGAGGGACGAGCGGCAGGGUGUCGCCAUGUCGUCUGCACGAUAUGCGCCAUUGCCGAAUGCGCAGACGGACGCGGAGAUGAACCGGGAGAUGGAGGCGGCGUUUGACGACGAGGACGAGGAGGAGGAUGCGCACGAGAGGCAGCCGCUGAACCCGACGCCGCCCUCGCCGCGCCACGGCCGCGCGCCGUCUGGGCCAGGCACGUACGACUUUGAGGCCGUCGACUACGCCAGCGUCCCCCCGCCCGGCACGCCCCCGCCGCACAAUCGGGCGUUCGCAAAUAGCUGGGGAAAUUCGAACGGGGUAGUGCCGGACACGUACGAGGUGGAGGCGGCCCACGUCGGGCCGAGUCGCAGCUGGUUCGGGCGCGCAGCCGCGUCUGUGCUGCCGGCGUCUGCGGUGCGGCGCUGGGGGCUGGACUACGAGCCGCCGUCGGGCGUCGUCGGCGGCGGGACCAGCAACGACGGCGUCUUUGCCAACGUCACGGCAAAGCCCGGGCGCACGGUCGAGAUUCGGGAGGGGGACAACAUCUAUCUCGUGCCAGAGGACCAGCAGCUGGACAGGCCGCCGAGCUACCAGACGGCCCAGCUCGACGCCGUGCCAGCCUACUGGGAGACGACCGUCCACGCGCCGAGCAACACGGAUACGUUCGGGGAGAUGAUCAUCGAUGCACUGCCCAGCGGGACCAUGUUCUCCUUCCUCUGGAACAUGCUCAUCUCCAUCUCCUUCCAAUUCGUCGGCUUCCUUCUCACAUAUCUUCUGCACACCACUCACGCCGCUCGCUUUGGAUCUCGGGCCGGACUCGGCGUCACCCUCAUCCAGUAUGGCUUUGCUCUCCGCGCACGCGACAGUUCCUCUACCGGCGGUGGCUUGACCUGGUGGGGCGGCGACCUCAGCCCAAACGGCACCGACGAUUCCGUUCUCUCCCACAUGAAUUUCGGCACAAAGGAGGAAGCCGAAGACUUCUAUAGCAAGCUCAACAUCACUAUGGUCGACGGCCAUCCCUCUGGCCAUAUUUCGGGAACCGACCCAGCGAAUGCUGUUGACGAGAUACAAUUUGCGAACGACAUGACCACCGACUGGCUCUCGUUCUUCCUCAUGACAAUCGGCUGGUUCAUCUUAUUGACGUCCGUUCUCGGCUUCUGGCGCGUCAAGCGCUGGGAACGUAACAUCCUACACGCCCAAGAACAGAACGCAUCCGGCCGCCCAGCACCGCCAGAAGGUCCCAGUAUCGUCUCGCGCACACUCACGCGAGUUGGCCAGCCGUUCCGCCAUUUCGGGACCAUGGUCACGGAAGGGCUGGGCUUUGCGCGCAACUCUCUGUCAGGCGGCGAUAGGCCCCCUGUACGCUCGCUCGACAUCGAUGACUCACGGCUCGCCGAGCUCGGCAUAUCGCAAGAGCAGCAGCGCGAGCUCAUGCUCGCCCGCGUGGCGCACGACCCGGUGCAACACCAACGCAUGUUGCAGGCCUUCCGCGAGGACGACGAGCUCAUCGCGAGCAUCCGUGCCGCGGGGAUGCUUUAA